CAAAAGAUGGAAGAGAGCAGAAGAACAGAACAAGCUGUGUUAUUGCAGAGCUUGAAAAGGUUGAUCGUCUCUUUUGUUUGUUGUCUUCCGAUGUCUCUUCUAGGUCUUCUUAUCAUGCUUCUCUUAAUCUACAACAGUUUCUCUGUCUUCUGUCUUCAUCUUGAUCUAGUCCCACCAAUUAAGUCCACUCCUUCACUUAAUCAUCACCAGGUUCUUCAUCAUCAUCCGUCAGUAUCAUUACCAUCAACAGCAACACUGACAUCAUCAUCUAAGUCAGAUUCUUUGUUGUUGCUUGCGGUGAAAGAAACCUCUUCAGGGUUCAUACAGAAGCAGAACGUUUCGUCGACGAAUGCAGAGAGAAGAGACGAGUUAACACCCGUGACGACACAGAAGCCACAAGGAAAAUCAAAAGAGAGAUUCAAGACGAGGAUCAAGUCAUUCUUGUAUAAAUCCUCAUGUGAGUCCCUGUUCUUCAUGACCUGGAUCUCCUCCAUCGAAUCUUUUGGAGAUAGAGAACGUUUCACAAUAGAGAGUCUCUUCAAUUCUCACCCAAAUAGCUGUUUGAUCUUGGUCUCAAACUCACUUGACUGUGAGAGAGGAACAAUAAUCUUGAAACCCUUUACGGACAAAGGGCUUAAAGUGCUAGCGAUUACACCUGACUUCUCUUACAUCUUCAAAGACACAUCAGCAGAAAAAUGGUUUGAAAGGUUGAAGAAAGGAAUGUUCAGUCCUGGAGUGAUUCCAUUUGAGCAAAACCUCUCUAACCUUCUAAGAUUAGUCUUGCUCUACAAAUUUGGAGGAAUCUACUUAGAUACGGACUUCAUAAUCCUCAAAUCUCUCACCAAUCUCCACAACGUAAUCGGAGCACAAGCAGUUGACCUGGUUACAAGAAAAUGGAGCAGGCUGAAUAACGCUGUGCUCAUCUUUGACAAGAACCAUCCUCUGCUUGAAAGGUUCAUCAACGAAUUCACAAGAACCUUCAACGGUAACAAAUGGGGGCACAACGGUCCCUACUUAGUAUCAAGAGUCGUUGCAAGAAUCAAUAGUUCUUCAUUGGAGUUGGGAUUCUCUGUUCUUCCACCAUCUGCGUUUUAUCCAGUGGAUUGGACUAGAAUCAGAGGAUUUCACAGAGCUUCCACGAAUGAGAGUGAGGCGAAUUGGUCGCGCAAGAGACUUAUGCAUUUACGUAAACAUAGCUUUGCUGUUCAUCUUUGGAACAGAGAGAGUAAGAAGCUUAGGAUUGAAGAAGGAAGCAUCAUUCAUCGACUCAUGUCUGAAUCUUGUAUCUUCUGUAAUUCUUCUUCUUUACAUUAUAGUUAUUAAAAAAAAUGUAGAGUAAAUUUCUACAAGAGAUAGAGCUACACACAAAGUAUAUGAAAAAUUUCCUAGUAUAUCAUUUUUUAAGUUUUUGUCAUAAAAAUUGGCUCCAAUGAAAAAAAUGACCAAAAUAAGUUAAACUUAGGGGUUAGAGUUAAGGGGUGAAGUUUUGUGAUAAGAUUUCAAAUUAAAAAAAAAUUAAAAAUUAAAAUUAAAAUUAAAAUUUAAAAAUUAAAAUUAAAAAUUAAAAUUUUCAAAAUAAAAAUAGACUAUUUUAGUAUUUUUUCUUUGAGCGAUAUUUUGUGACAAAAACUAAAAAAUAACUAUUUGAGAGAAUUGACCAAAGUAUAUUCUGUGUGUGUGUUACAUAUUUGCUUAUCUAUCUGCCCUUUUGAGGAGGCGUACAAAUAGGCUAUGCGUAGUUUGUGUACAUCAGAAGUCUGGUUCUGUGUACAUAAACAAAAUCUUCAAGAACAAGUAAUCAAGAGACGCAAACCGCAACAACUUCCUGUUCAUUAAGUGUCGCGUGACCUUCUAUCUAAGACUUGCGACUAGCACAGGUCAUUCGUUUUGUUGUCGCAAUAUUGAUUCUGCGACUGGUUGUAAGUAGCUGAUCGCAGUUUGUUGCUGUCGAGCAACUGAUAAAAUCGUGAUUAAAAAUUAUUUUAUCAGUCGCUCGACCAAUUACAGGUCACGAUGUCAACUGGCUGAGAAAAAUAGUGAUUAAAAAUUAUUAUUUUUUGUGUCAGACAACUGAUCGCAUAUCGCA